AUGGUAGUGUCCCGACCCCGCGAGCGCGAGCAACAGGAUAAUGGAGACGCCACCCGCACCUCAAAUACCCCUACCAGGAUGUCGAGAGCAGACUCCAGCCCGCACAGAAAGGAGAGGGAGAGGGAGAGGGACAGAGUCAGGGACAGGGACAGAGACAGAGGCGGGGACAGGCAGAUCAAGUCGUCGGCCAAAGACGUGGCGGAACUCACUGACUUUCAAUUAGGGGACUGCUUGGGCAAAGGAGCCUUCGGAUCUGUCUACAGAGCUCUGAAUUGGGGCACGGGCGAGACCGUUGCCGUCAAGCAGAUACGGCUGGCGGACCUGCCGAAGAGCGAGCUGAGGGUUAUCAUGCAAGAAAUAGACCUUUUGAAGAAUUUAGAUCAUCCAAAUAUCGUCAAGUACCAUGGUUUCGUAAAGUCUGCAGAAACCCUAAAUAUCAUAUUAGAAUACUGCGAAAACGGCUCGCUGCAUUCAAUCUCCAAGAACUUUGGCCGGUUCCCUGAGAAUCUGGUUGGACUAUAUAUGUCUCAGGUCCUCCAUGGGCUGCUAUACCUGCACGAACAGGGUGUCAUACACAGGGACAUAAAAGGUGCAAACAUCCUGACUACAAAGCAGGGCCUGGUGAAGCUUGCGGAUUUUGGUGUCGCCAGCCGAACUACAGGUCUUCAUGAGUCCAGCGUCGUUGGGACACCGUAUUGGAUGGCUCCGGAGGUUAUUGAACUGUCUGGCGCUACAACAGCCUCAGAUAUAUGGAGUUUAGGCUCGACAGUUAUAGAACUGCUUGAAGGCAAGCCUCCAUACUAUAAAUUCCAACCCAUGCAGGCCUUGUUCCGUAUUGUCAACGAUGACCAUCCCCCACUACCUCAGGGAGCUUCUCCAGCUGUAAGGGAUUUCCUGAUGCAGUGCUUCCAAAAGGACCCGAAUCUUCGGGUAUCUGCCAGGAAGUUGCUCAAACAUCCAUGGAUAGUCAACGCUAGGCGAUGUGAUUCCGUCGUCCCCAAGAAAUCAACGGAGUACGAAGAGGCAGUCAAGAGCGUUCAGGAAUGGAAUGAAGCACUUCGAUCCCCCAAUUCAAAUGCCAUCCGCAAGACCUCCCAGCAACAGUCAGGAAUAAGCAGCCCCAUCUCGACACAAAGGGAACCCAACCCUCUGAACUUACCGAACCGAGACGCACUGUCUUUAUUAAAUGUCAAUACUGCAGAGAAGUAUCGCUCCCCGGAGAACACCAAUAAUGAUAACUGGGACGAUGACUUUGCCUCCGCCAUCUCUCCCGGGGCACUCCACCUGCCACACCUCAAACCACAGGAUAAUUUCGAUGGAAUGCUGUCUCCUGAAAAACUAAAAGCCUUUGCAUCUCUUGAAGGAAUAACAGAGCUCUGCCAGUCAGAUAGCUCCGGUAUAGACAAUGACGGCCAAAUUAAUGAUGCCAUGAAUAAUGACGAACCUGACCCCUUGCAGACUAUUCGGCCACGUUCUCGAAGGUCUUUUGAUGACGAAGUUAUGCCACCACGGAGCCCACGCAGGAGGCAUAGACAGUAUCCUGUUUCUGCGUUUAGGAGAGGCCCGAUUAUAUCGUCGGCUCCAGGAGCGGCGAAACCAAUUCGCCAACGGCCAGCAAACUUUUACGAAGAAAGUUCGGUCGAAGAUUAUUCAGAUCUCAUCGAAGCCAAUGACGAGGUGCUGGAGAGUAAAUUAUCUGCCAUGCCAGGCAUUGGACAAGAUGAAAGUGCAGUCCAGGCGCAGGCCGUAAUGGGCCAGGAUAUCUUCUCGGGUGACGAGAGUACUCCCAUGAAACCAAGUUCACAUCGAAGGAAGAGAUCUGAACUUUCUCGAUCUCGAUCAGCUAUUGAGAUAGAAAUGUACGCUGAGGAUGAGGCAGACGAGGACUUCUCCGAUAUCUUAGGCGACAACGACAGUACUCUUGUCAAACUAGAGAGCGACGAUGGAUCCGAUCAUAGCACCCUGAUGCUCAAUUCGAAACUAUCGACAAACUCUUGGCUAGGAGACAUUGACGAUGAAGAUGAUCCGUUUGCCCAGCUAGAGGAAGGCCUAGAUGAACUAGACUUGGAAGCUAACAUUGCACGAGAUAAAUAUGCACGGUUGCGAAAUCAGGUGGAAGGCCUGGUUAGCUCUUUGAAAACAUCACAGGACGAUGAAGUUCUGGUGGAUAUAUCAGAGCAGCUGAUGACCAUAUUUUCAGAUAUGCCGGAAACCAAGUCUGUCAUCAUGAGUGCUCAUGGAAUGCUCCCUAUCUUGGAAAUCCUGGACACCUGCAGACGCCGAGAUGUCAUUUCCAACUUGUUGAAGAUCGUCAAUGCGAUCAUCUACAACGAUUACGAGAUUCAGGAAAACCUGUGUUUCGUUGGUGGAAUUCCGAUUAUCAACAAGUUUGCUUCAAAAAAAUACCCAAGGGAAAUCCGUCUCGAGGCUGCUGCAUUUGUCCAGCAAAUGUACCAGACUUCAACCUUGACAUUACAGAUGUUCGUCAGUGCCGGAGGACUGAACGUUCUUGUGGAAUUCCUCGAAGACGAUUAUGAGGAUGAAAGGGAACUCGUCUUGAUUGGAGUCAACGGUAUUUGGAGUGUGUUUGAGUUACAGGGGUCAACUCCAAAGAAUGACUUCUGUAGGAUACUGUCUCGGAACUCGGUCUUGGAUCCCUUAUCUCUCGUCUUGAGCAGAGUACUCGAUGAGGAAGAAGGUGAACUGGCAGAGGUCUGCGAGGCUCGCAUUUCUAACAUCUUCUUCAUAUUCUCACAGGCUGAAAGCCAUGUUAAGGAGAUGGUUGCGGAGCGAACCGUACUGCAUCGUGUGUUGAAGGAAUUGAAGAGGAUGUCACCUAGUCCUCAAAUAACGAUGCUCAAAUUUAUAAAGAAUCUCUCCAUGCUGUCCACGACACUUGACUCCCUCCAAAACUCAAACGCUAUUGAUGUUCUAACUGAACUCCUCCGGUCAACUAUGAAGAAACCCCAUUUCCGCGAAGUAUCAAAUCAGAUACUAAACACAAUCUAUAACAUGUGCCGCCUUAGCAAAUCGAGGCAAGAAGACGCUGCUCUGAACGGCAUAAUACCUUUACUACAGAAGAUUGUCAAAACUGAACGGCCGUUGAAAGAGUUUGCACUUCCUAUUCUCUGUGAUAUGGCUCAUUCUGGCAAGGUCGGGCGCCGCGAACUUUGGCGCAACAAGGGAUUAACAUUUUAUAUUUCCUUGCUCUCGGAUCCAUAUUGGCAGGUGACAACUCUGGACGCCAUCUUUACUUGGCUCCAGGAAGAAACUGCCAAGGUUGAAGAAUACCUCCUUGAUACCCAACAUGGAGAUUCUUCGUUCACAAUAGCCAUUAUCCGAUGCAUGACAAUAUCAAAAGCCAAUGCUUUUGAGAAUCUCCUUGAACCCUUGCAAAAGUUGCUCCGUCUAAGUCCUGCAAUUGCAGCUACCUUUGCCAGGCCCGAUAUGUUUGAACGUAUUGGACAAAAAUUACAACAUACCAAGCCGUCCGUCAGAGUGAACCUACUACGAAUCCUAUCUACUAUUUGUGAUUCCAGCCAGGAACAAUGCGGGCUUCUUCGGCGCUAUGGUUUACUCGACGCUAUAAGAGAACUGCAGAAAGAUUCUCGUGUCCUUGUGAGAGAGCUCGCAGGGCAAUUAGUGAAGAACAGCGAAGAUAGCGAUAAUGCCAGCUUAAACGGAUCAAAACGAAGGCAAAGACGAAGAAGCACGUCCACCGCUGCUCCACCUAGCCUAAUAUCCAGUCACUCCAUGCCGGCUACACCUCAAGUAGCUAGACCAAUUUCCCAAAAGCCAUAUUACGAAGGUCGGGAGUCUUCUCGCCGUCAGAACGGACUCGAUAGCUCUCUCAACCUCCGUCCCGGAAGUCGAGAUGGUGCCAGGCCGCCAAGCAUUCAUCCUGGCCUGUCAGGGAAUGGCAGUACGGGGUUACCAGGCAAGACACCACGGCUGAGCCAUAGGUUAUCACAACAACUACUUCCCGGCUCGCCACAAAAAGAGGAGAUCAGGACCCCUACCUCUACACGAACACCGUCCCUCCUCCAACCAUCAUCACGAAGGCGCAGGCAAACCAACAGCAGCUCGAAUUGGUCUUGA